GGGAGCAGGGGUUUGAGGGACAGUGCAGAAUUGGGGCGAGGUGUAAGUGGGCUAGGCGUGUGAGGGAAGAGGAGGGUUAGGGUGCUUCUGUUGGGGGGAUCUGAAGGCGGAGGGGCGAUCCCACCGUGCGCAGGUGAGAGGGUGCAGGCAGAAGCGUCCUGGGUGCGGGGUCUGCGAGAGGAGCUCGUGCGCUUCCCAGCGCAGGUGAGGGUGUGAGCUCGAAGCCAGGGCCGGAGGUCCAAAGGGCGGAGUUCCAGUCGGAGCUCCUCGGCGAGGGCUGAGCAGGGAUAGGUAGUAGUCCAAGGGGCGCGGGCAGGCGCAGAGGGCCGCAGCACCCCGAGGCUUGGGGUCCGGACGCGGUGAUGCGGUUGCACCUGGGUGCGCUGGCCGGCGCAGCGGCGCUGAGUGGGGCGCUCAGCUUCGUGCUCUUGGCCGCCGCCAUCGGCACGGACUUCUGGUACAUCAUCGACACCGAGCGGCUGGAGAGCCGCGGGCCGGCGGCGCUGGACCGGCUGGGAGCCGCCAACCACAGCCACCCCGAACCUCUGAGCUCCCACUCUGGCCUCUGGCGGACUUGCCGGGUGCGGAGCCCGUGCACCCCGCUGAUGAACCCCUUCUGGCAAGAGAACGUGACAGUCAGCGACUCAAGUCGACAACUUCUCACCAUGCACGGGACGUUUGUGAUCCUGCUUCCGCUCAGCCUGAUCCUGAUGGUUUUUGGGGGAAUGACGGGGUUCCUGAGCUUCCUCCUCCAGGCCUACCUCCUCCUCCUGCUCACUGGGACGCUGUUCCUCUUUGGAGGAGGCCCUCGGCGCCACCUCGCUCCCCGCUGCCCUCAGCGCCGCUCCAGCACUGCGCACGUGGAUUAUCCAGCCGGCACAGCCAGGCUCCAGACAAAACCACACAGACGUGGAGUCUAAACAAACCACCCUUCCCGCGACGGGACUAAAACCGCAGUUCCCAGCGGCACAGCGGGGACCAGGAGAUGCUGGUCAAAGAAAUGAAACUGUAGUAGUUGGAGGAAUAAAUUUGGGGACCCUGUUGUACAGUAACUGGAGUGAACACUUGAAAACUGCGAAGAGGGUGGACUUCAAGCCCUCUCUCCCUAGCAGACAGAGAGACAAACAAACAACAAGAACAAGGCCAAGUGUGUGAGGGACACGUCAGAUCGCUCGGUGGAGCAGCCCAUCAGGGGCGCACGCAUCGGGGCAUCG